AUGAGCACUGAGGUUCAUAACGAUAAUAAUCUAAUCGGAAAUACAACAGAUGACUUUAAUGAAGAUGAAAUUACAGAACCUGUAGUGGAAAGUCUUCCUACAAGUGUCGAGCUUACGCCUGUUCUUAUCGAUAAUGCUUCUUUCAGAGAUGCUCUAGCAAAUACAGUCAAGGAUGAGUAUCAGCAAAAACAACAAGGUUCAAAAAAUGUAUCGGCUUCUAACCUCAAUUCUGAUGAAAAAGAGCAUAAGGAACCAUCAAAUUCUGUAAAUAAUGAAAAUACUGAGGAACAUCCUGUAGAGGAAAAAAAGGAACAAAUCGAGAAUAAUACUACUGAAGAAAUUUCAGAACCAACAAAGGAAGAGGAUUCCAAAGUGGACGAAAAAACAGAGGAACAACCUGUCUCAGAUGCUGCCGAAGUUUCCGAAGCAGUAACAGAAGUGAAUACUUCUACGGCCGAAGAAACAGAAGAAGUACCUCAAGAAGAACCAAUCCAAGAAGAAUCACCUCAAGAAAAUCAACCAGUAGAGGAAGAGAAGCCACAAGAAUCAGCACCAACUGGGGAAACUGAAUUAAAUGAAUUUCAGGAGGAAAAUCAAACUGUUGCAGAGGAAACAGCAGAACAAACCCAGGUUGAUCAAUUGAACGAGGAAAACCAGCCUGAAGCUAAGGACGAACAACUUCAGGAAGAACCUUCACAAGAAGAGGAUAAGCCUAUUGAAGAGGAAGCUCCGUUGGAAGAGCAACCUCAAACAGAAGAAUCUCCAGCUCAAGAACAAGUGGAAGAGGAAACCCUACCUGUUGAGGCAACAGAAGUGAAUUCUCCUCAAGAACAGACUGAAGAAAUUCCUCAAGAAGUGAAUUCUUCUCCUUCUGAAGAAGAGCAACCUCAAGCAGAAGAAACUCAAGAAAUACUUCAAUCCACAGAAGAAGUUCCUCAAGAAGAACCAAUCCAAGAAUCACCUGAAGAAACAGUUCAAGAAGAGCCAAUUGAGGAAUCUACUAUUCAAGAAGAAACACAAGAGGAAGAAGCAAUCCAAGAACAUUCGGCUGAAGAGACUCAAGAAGAGCAACGUUUCGAAGAAGAAGCUCAACAAGAAGAAAUUGAACAAGAGGAAGUAGCUCAAGAAGAACAACCAGUAGCCCAGGAAGAAUAUUCCCAAGAUCUGAUUCAAGAAGAAUCACAACCAGUUGAAGAACCAACCCAGGAAGAAGCUCAACCUGUUGAAGAUGCACCAUUGGAGACACAAGAAGACCUUCCUGUCGAGCCAACUCAAGAGACAGUUCAAGAAGAAUCUCCUGCUGAAGAAGCUCAACCAGAAGAACCUGCAAUAGAGCAAGUUGUUGAUGAGGAACCAGUACACGAAGAACAACCAUUAGAAGCAACUGCUCAUGAAGUUGAGGAUAAACAAGAAGAACUUCAACAAGAGGAACCUGUUUCUAAAGAGGAAGAGGUCCAACAAGAAUCACAAGAUCUGAUUCAAGAAGAAUCACAACCAGUUGAAGAACCAACCCAGGAAGAAUCUUCCCAAGAUCAUGUUCAAGAAGAGCAAGAAGAAAUUCAACCAGAGGAAGAGGUUCAAGAAGCUCAACCUGUUGGGGAACAAGCUGAGGAAGAGAAACUCAAUGAAGACCCCUCCCCAGAAACUGUUCCAGUGCAGGAGGUUGACGAAUCUACAGAUCAAGAAGUGGAAACUCACCAAGAAGAGCUAUCAGCUGUUGAUGAGACCCAAGAACCAGAGCAAGUUGGGCCAGUAGAAGAACCACCAGUGGAAGAAACCCAGGAGGAAAGAAUUGAAGAACCUCAACCAGAAGAAGCUUCUCCUGAAGAGCCACUACAAGAAGAAGUUCAACCAGCUGAGGAGAUUGUAGAAACUCAACCAGAAGAAGUAACAACUCAAGAAGAAACUACCCAGGAGCAUGAAGAGCCACUACAAGAAGAAGUUCAACCAGAAGAACCUGCAAUAGAGCAAGUUGUAGAUGAGGAACCAGUACACGAAGAACAACCAUUAGAAGCAACUGCUCAUGAAGUUGAGGAUAAACAAGAAGAACUUCAACAGGAAGAACCUGUUUCUCAAGAGGAAGUUGCUCAAGAAGCACAACCUGCUGACAUUGAGGAAUAUGUUCAAGAAGAGCAACCUGCUCAAGAACAGACUGAAGAAAUUCCUCAAGAAACUGAAGAUGAUCAACCAAUUGAGGAAACACCAGAAGCAACAGUUCAAGAAGCACCAAUUGAGGAAUCUACUGUUCAAGAAGAAACACAAGAGGAAGAACCAGUCCAAGAAAAUUCAGCCGGAGAGACUCAAGAAGAGCAACUUUUCGAAGAAGCUCAACAAGAAGAAAUUGAACAAGAGGAACCUGUUUCUCCAGAGGAAGAGGUUCAAGAAUCACAAGAUCUGAUUCAAGAAGAAUCGCAACCUAUUGAAGAGACACCACUGGAAGAGCAAGCCAUAGAAGCAACUCAUGAGGACACAGUUCAAGAAGAAUCUCCAUCUGAGGAAGAACCAGCCGAACCACUUGAAGAGGAACCUGUCCAACAAGUAGAAGAACCUAAAUCUGAAGAAAUACAACAUGAAGAGGAAGUGAAUGUUGAAGAGUCCACCCUUAAUACUGUAGAGCAAACAGAUGAACAAUUUGGCGCGCAAGACGAGCAUGUAGAAAAAAUGGAAGAGCAGGAAUCUCACGAUUCCACUCAACAUCAUGAACCAUCAGAUCAUCAAGAUGAACAGUAUAAUCAUGAGGAAACAAAGGUUGAGGAACACGGUGAACAUAUUGAAGAAAUCAAGCAAGAAGUACAUUCGGACCAACAUAACGAAUAUGUGGAAGAAAUCAACACAUCUAUUAUUCAUCUCCAUGAUGUGCACUCUGAACAAGAGUGUACUGAGGAGGAUCAUGAUGAAACCAGCUCUACCCUUCCUGAAAGCCACGACCAUGAGCAAUAUCAAACCUUAGAUGAUCAUGAAACACAUGAACAAGAAGAUACUGAAACUAAAAGCCAUAGAGACAUUGAAGAUAUGGAUCAUUUUGCAGACGUGGAAUCCCCAAGAGAACAAACGAUUCAAGAACCACUCCAAGAAGAAGGUUUGCCAUUUGAAAUAGGUCAUGAGAAAAAAUCAGAAAAUGAAGAAAAGAAGGAUAAGCAUAACCACGAGGAGGUUAAGGAAGUUAAGGAAGAAAAUGUUGAGAAACAUGACCACGAAGAGAAGGAAAAGAAUGAUCAUGAAGAAAAGAAGGAUAUACAUAAUCACGACGAGGAUAAGAAAGAAAAUGUUGAGAAACAUGAUCAUGAAGAAAAGAAGGAUAAACAUAACCAUGAGAAGGAAGUUAAGGAAGAAAAUGUUGAGAAACAUGUUCAUGAAGAGAAGGAUAAACAUAACCAUGAGGAAGUUAAGGAAGAAAAGGUUGAGAUUCAUGAUCGUGAAGAGAAAAAGGAAAAGCAUGAUCAUGAAGAGAAGAAAAACGAGCUUAAACACGAUGAGAAAGUUGAGGAAGAAAAGGAAGAGAAGAAAAAACAUGAUCCUGAAGAGAAGAAAGACGAUAAGAAAGAAGAAAAGGUUGAGAAACAUGAUCACGAAGAGAAGAAGGAAAAGCAUGAUAAUGAAGAGAAGAAGGAAAAGCAUAAUCACGAUGAUAAGCAAGAAAAUAUUGCAUAUCAAGAGACUGAGAUUAUUAACAAAUCCUCCGAAGAGCAAACUGAAGAAAUAGUAGAAAUCCAUGCACAAGAAAUUGUCAAAGAAGAAGAACCAAAAAUGGAACCAGUUACAGAACCACCUCAAGAGGAAAGCUUACCUUUUGAAGUUGCCAAUACAGAGAAACCUCAAGCUAUUGAGGAAGCAUCUGUUGAAGAGCAUAAACAUACCGAAGAGAAUCAUGAAAACAUUGAGACAACUGAAGAACAUAGGGAAGAUAUCAAGAAUGAAGAACACCAUGAUAGGGUUGAAGAUCAUCAUCAAGUUAAGCACGAAAGUGUUGAUGAGGUCAAAAAGGUUGAGGAACAAGAGGAGCAAAUUAUUGAGGAACACAGUCACAAAGAACAAAAUGAUGAAAUUAAAUGCACCGAAGAACAUAUUGGACAUCAAGAAAGCAAUCAGGAAAGCGAGAUUAAACAAGUUGAAGAAACAGUUGAAUAUGUGGAAAGUAAGCAAGAGGAAUUGGAAGAAUCACAUGAAGAACAAUCAGAAGAGGUACAUGUUUCAGAAGAAGAGGACUUUGAGGUUCACCAAACAGCACAUGAAGAGUCCAUUAAGGAAGUAUCUUCUGAGGAAGUCACUAAAGAGGAUGAAUUUGAAAACAGCAAACAACAUGUUGAACAAGAAUUCUCAGAAAAUAACGAAGUUGCCCUAGAAAAUACUGAAGAAGAAACCUUCGAGAGCCUUGAAAACCAAGAACAAACACAUGAGAAUUUUGAAAAUAUUGAAAGUCAUGAAGAAAACUUUGAGGAAAAUCAAUUCAAUGAAACUACUGAUGAAUUCGAGCAAAAUACGGAAGAGUUCAAUGAAACAGAUCAAUUUUUCGAAGAGAAAUAUGAGGAAACUCAAGAAGAAACUCAAGAAGACCAUGAACCAACUCAAGAGGAAACUCAAGAUCAACAUGAGGAACAAUUCGAAGAUCACUUCGAAGAUCAAUUCGAGGAACAAUUCGAAGAGUUUGCAAAUGAGGAAUCAACAGAAAUUAAACAAGAAUCAAACGAGUUUGUUGAUCAAGUGGAAAAGGAAAUGAAAGAACAAUCAGAAGAAGCUGAAGAAAAAGAAGAUACAAGUCAUCAACAAGAAACAGAUAUGGAUCAUUUUCCUGGAGAAGAAUCUCCAAGAGAACAAACAGUUCAAGAACCAUUCCAUGAAGAAAGUUUGCCUUUUGAGGUUGACCAACAAGAGGAGGUACAAGCAGAAGAGAUUGAGACAGCAGAUAACCAAAAAGAACAAAAGGAGACAACUCAUGAAGAAGAACAAGCUGAACUUCAAAAGGAAGAUGAGUUUGACUCGUUUGAAGAAGAUUUUGAAACCUUUGAAGAACAACCUUCAGAAGAAUCUUCCACUGAAGAGGAACAUCAUGUGAGAUUUGCUGAAGAAACUAAAACAAUUGAAGAUUCAUACACAACACAAGAUGAAACAAACCAUCAUGAAGAAACACAGGAAGAAACACACCAAGAAACUUUUGUUGAUACCAAACUCUCAGAAGAAACACACGUGAAAUCAUCUCAAAAAGAAGAAACACAAGAAGACAAGCAAGAAAAACACCAACAACCAGAGGAAAAACAAGAACCUCAUGAGGAAACAAGUGUUGACGCACCAGAAAAACACAAACAACCAGAAGAAACACAUGUCGAAGAAGCUCAAGCUGAAUAUGUGGUGGAAGAAACUAAGGAAGAAGAACCUGUUAAGGAAAGAACUCUUGAGGAUGUGUAUGUUGAAAACUGUGAAAAGAGAUCUCUUAGACCAAACACUCGUCUUAGAGCUCAAUUUGGCACAAAUACUAUCGUCACCGAUGGAGAAGUUAAUUUAUCAGACAAUUAUUUAGGUGAUAAGGGAUUAGAGCCUUUCUUGGAAACUCUUUUAAAUGUUGAAUUCCACAAAUUGAGUUUGCCAAAACAAGGGUUCAGAAAUCCAGCUAUUGAAACCCUAGUCUCAAUUCUCAAGCCUCAUCCAACAAUUGUUGAGCUUGAUUUGAGUGGAAAUUUGAUUUCAAUUGGUGCAGCUUUAGCUUUGAUUGAUUUUGCCAAAUCGAAUAAUACCAUUCGAGUAAUUAACAUUCAAAAUACUUACAUUGAUGAUAUGUUUAAAGAAAAAAUUGAAAAAUAUCUUGCUAAAAAUGCAUAACCUGUACAUGUAAAAUACCUAAGAAUAAAACUAAUACUAAGUUUAUUGU